ACCAGAUAUUCUCGAAUCUCCAACUUCCUUGAUCAAAUGACCAUGUUGGCCACAAGAAACAUGACUCGCACCACUAGUCAGAACCCAGGAAAGAAGCGAUCUCGUUCGCGGUCUUCUUCAGCUGCAGACUCUGCCCACGAAUCUCCUCCCCGUUCUCGGCAUCGCCGACGCGGCUCCAAUCCUAUAACUAGCGGCUUGCCUCCACCCGGCGUCCAACCUAUCUCCAAGGACGACUUCUUCUUGAAAUCUUUGGAAUUCAAAGUCUGGCUCAAGAAUGAUAAAAAUAAAUUCAUCGAUCAACUGGAUAGUCAUAAGUCUAAAAAAUACUUUGAGAAAUUCGUGCGAUAUUGGAAUAAAGGAAAACUGGAUGAAGAUUAUUACAACCGAGCCACGACACUAGACCGCGAGAAAGCGCGGCAGGCGUUACAAGAAGCGAGCAUUGGGCCGAGCUUGCCGGGGGGUGACAAAGGACCAGGCGCGUCCAAGCCGGCGAUCAUCGGGCCCAGUCUCCCCUCCCAUCUUCUCCAACCCUCCUCCUCCUCCUCCUCGUCAACUCCUACACCAACAACGCUUGCCGACCACCAAUACAAAGUAGACCAAGAACUCGACGGCGAGGCCCAGGAACGAAUCCUACGCAAAAACGAAGCCAAACGCAAACGCAAAGAGGACAAAGAGGAGGAGUCUGCCAAUAGGGCUACCGGCAAAGACCGGCUGCUCGAAAAACGCAAGGAGAAACGCGACGCCCAGGGCGAGUAUCUGCGCCAGAGGGACGACCCAACCGGCCCUGAACUCGACGAUCGCAGCUUAUUCGGCUCGAAUAAUUCAUUCCAAGAAGCAAUCAGAGCUAGAGAUCGAGCCAAGGAACGAAGGACCGGCAAGAAUGCUAGUUUCAAGGUCGAGAAACAACUCGUGAUGCAAGAAAAAGUGGCAGCAAUGAAGUCGAAAGAGGACGAGACGAUGGCGAUGUUCAAAGCCUUAGCUGCGUCGAAAUUCGGCCCUUCCGGUUCUCGCUGA